CAGUUCUCGACCCUGUCAUCGCUGUGGUGGUGGGAAAGCGUUUCGUUGUGACCUUUGUGGAAAAACUUUCAAUCAGCAGCGGUGCCUAAAAUUACAUCAGCGUAGACACACUGGAGAUAAAAUGAGCUACUGCAAAGAAUGUGGGAAAGGCUUCCCCACACCGAGUGAAUUAAAAAUACAUGAACUCUGUCACAGUGGGGUUAAAAAGCACCUCUGUGACCAGUGUGGGUCAUCCUUCACCACUGCAUGUGACCUUAGAAAGCAUAAACGAGUCCACACAGGAGAGAAACCAUACAAGUGCAGACACUGUGACAGAAGCUUCUCACAAUCAAGUAAUCGUAACCUUCAUGAACGUACACACGUUAAAGGGAGCUACAGCUGUGACCAGUGUGACAAAAGCUUCAUGAAUCUCAAUUCAUACUCCAAACACAAACGAUCCCACGCUGUAAAUAAACUGUUUCACUGUUACCAAUGUGCAUCUCAGGAGGCCGACAAACCUCACAGAAGAAAGGGAGAGAAGAAAUACAGCUGUGAUGAGUGUGGGAAGAAUUUUACUCUGAAGUCUGAGCUAAAACAUCAUCUGUUCAUCCACACUGGGGAGAAACCAUUCAUCUGUGACUUGUGUGGAAAGUCUUUUAGACAGCCUGCAAACUUAAAAAAACACCAAGUCACCCACACUGGAGUUAAAGCGUACAGCUGUGAUCAGUGUGGCAAAGCUUUUACUGUCAGAGGCAACUUACGGCGUCAUCAAGUUACCCACUCUGAAACUAAGGCGUACAGCUGCGACAUUUGUGGGAAAACUUUCACUCAUCUAACAUACCGAAAUACUCACCUACGCAUCCACACCAGGCAAGAUGUUUACUGCUGCGAUCAGUGUUUGAAACCGUUUGUGACAUACUAUGAAUUACAGCAGCACAUGUUUACCCACACUGAGGAGAGACCUUAUAAAUGUGACCUGUGUGAGAAGGCUUUUAAAGAGCCAAAUUCCCUGAGAAGACACGAACAGAUCCACAGCAGAAAGAAACUCUACAAGUGCAGUUACUGUGAGAAGCAGAGCGACACAGAUGGAUCCAGUUCUCGACCCUGUCGCCACUGUGGUGGUGGGAAAGCGUUGCGUUGUGACCUUUGUGGAAAAACUUUCAAUAAUGAAAAGAACCUAAAGCUACAUCAACGUAGACACACUGGAGACAAAAUGAACUACUGCAAAGAAUGUGGGAGAGGCUUCCCCACACCAAGUGCAUUAAAAGAACAUGAAAUCUAUCACAGUGGGGUAAAAAAGCACGUCUGUGACCAGUGUGGGUCAUCCUUCACCACUGCAGAUCAUCUUAAAGUGCAUAAACGAGUCCACACAGGAGAGAAACCAUACAAGUGCAGACACUGUGACAAAAGUUUCUCGUACUCAGGGAGUCGUAACAAUCAUGAACUUACACACAUUGAAGGGAGCUACAGCUGUGACCAGUGUGACAAAAGCUUCAAGAAUCUCAGUUCAUACUCCAGACACAAACGAUCCCACGCUGUAAAUAAACUGUUUCACUGUUACCAAUGUGCAAAAACAUUCACUUCAUUAUCUGCUCUACGCAACCAUCGACGUGAUCAUGCAGGACAGUGAUCACUGGAUCACAAUGAAUCUGCAGAGGCAGAAAGAUCCUCUUCUGGUUUCAGGGUCAGACUUAAAAACCUUGAGAUCAGGCUCCACAGAGUUCAGGUGGAGUCUCCUGUAAAGAGUGCAGCUGAUGUCACACUUGGAUCUGAUGAGCUAGCUCUGCUUUCUGGACCUGCAGUGAAUAAUCCUGGAUGUUACAUAUAGGAAGCUGCAAGUAUAGAUGUGUACAUCAAGUUUUUUUUCCUUUGAGGGAUUUUAAUAUUCUAAAAUGUUAUCCCUGUUACAUUUUAAUCUUUGUUCUCUUAGGAUAUAAAAGUUAUAGGAAUACAUUUUAUUUUAUAUUACCAAACUGACAUGUUUCUAAACUGCAGAUGUGCAUAGAAACAUUAUUUUUUACAUUUCAUUUUAACUGCGUUUUUUUUUUGCUUUUUCCCCCCAAAUCUACUGUUUCACUGUUACCAAUGUGCAAUUAUGUUCAUUAUCUGCUCUGUGCAAACAUCAUCAUGACAAUGGCUGAACUCAUUCCUAUCAUUGGAUCAUAAUGAACCCUUCAACUGACGGGGAGCUUGUGCCAUCCUUGCAGGAGUCCACUCUGCAGGUGGGGGAGAGGUGAGAAUAAACUUAACCUGGGUGUCUACUGUCUUGUGCAGUCUUGGAGAUGAUUGAAUGUUAGGGUGGGGGAGCUGGCCCCAGGGAGGGGCAUCU